AUGGGAGACUUUAUUGGCCAUAUAUGUCCAGGCUUGUUUCUGCUCUUCUAUGGAGUGUAUCAAUCAGUAAUAGUCUCCAGAGCCGUGAUAGUCAAUGACUCUCUUCUGUAUCCUUCGUACCUUUCUAAGAAGGGAAGAUGGGCCAGGCUGUGGCAAAUAGCCCACGCAGGCUGGCUGAAGAUAGUGGCUGGCUCCCUCUUGAUAGUUUAUGAGAUCAAUUGUGUUGAGGAAGGGCUAAAAUUUAUGACCGAAGGGCUGCCACCAAGGUUUAUGUACCCCAAGGAGUGGCAGCACCUGACCAUGUUCACCCUCCUCGCCCUGGACGGCUGUGUAGAUGUGGCGAGCAAGAACAUCCUGCGGCAGAGAUGUGUGGUCCUAGAAAGAGGUACCACGGUCCUGGGCGUCUACGUGCUCCUACUGCUGCUGGUGUCUCACGUUAAAGACUCAUCUGGGGUGGAGUUGCAGGUUCACUCUCUCCUCAUCCUGGUGGUGUUCCUGCUGCUGCUGGUGCUGACGGCAGAGCUGUGGGCCCCUGAGGCGGUUUGCCUCUGGAUGAUAGAGACCUUCCUGUUCCUGGUGAUGGGCUCGUGGCUGAUUCAGGCAGGCUUUAUCCUAUUUAGACCGGUCUCUGGCUUCCCGUGGGAGGAUGAUGACAUCAGUGACAUCAUGUUUGUCACCACCUUCUUCUGCUGGCACGUGAUGACCGACGCCUUGUGCAUGUUGGGAAUCUAUGGCGUCUCUUCCUUUUGGCACCAUUGCUACAGUCCCAGUUGGAGGCUGAUGGGGUCCAAGGAAGCGCUGUAUCACGAGAGCUCUUCGGGAAGCGUCUACAAGCUGCUGCAGGAGGCAAAGCAGCAGGACAAAGAUGAGCAGGCUCUUCUCCUUCCAACGAGCUCUUCCUGUGACAGGGCCUAG